UCGUCCUUCUGCUCUCAGACCUUCCCUCCCUCUUUCUCUUCCACUUCCUGUUCCUCAUAUAUAAGCAACCAUCUCUAAAUUAGGGUUUUAUAAACCCUAACCGUAAUAACAGUAACCCUUUCCCCCCUCCUACGCUCUACGGAGAGAAACAAUGAAGACGAUUUUGUCAUCGGAAACGAUGAACAUUCCCGACGGGGUGAGCAUCAAGGUCCACGCCAAAGUGAUCGAGUUGGAAGGCCCACGUGGCAAGCUUGUGCGCGAUUUCAAGCACCUCAACCUUGAUUUCCAGCUCAUCAAGGACGAGAACGGAAACAAGAAGCUCAAGAUCGACGCCUGGUUUGGCUCACGGAAGACCUCCGCCGCCAUCAGAACCGCCCUCAGCCACGUCGAGAAUCUCAUCACCGGCGUCACCAAGGGCUAUCGUUACAAGAUGAGGUUCGUCUAUGCUCACUUUCCGAUCAAUGCUAGCAUCGCUAGUAACAACACCUCCAUCGAGAUCCGCAACUUCCUUGGCGAGAAGAAGGUGAGGAAAGUGGACAUGCUUGAGGGAGUUUCUGUUGUUCGAUCUGAAAAGGUCAAGGAUGAGUUGAUCGUGGAUGGAAAUGACAUUGAGCUUGUUUCGCGCUCUUGUGCCCUCAUUAACCAGAAAUGCCAUGUCAAAAACAAAGAUAUUCGGAAGUUCCUUGAUGGUAUCUAUGUUAGCGAGAAGGGGACAAUUCUUGAUGAGCAGUAAAUUGUGGGCAAAGAGGAAUUUUGAUAUUAUUUUUGCUUCUCAUUUUUCCAUAUUAUUUAACAUUCACCCUUUUUUGGUAGUUUAUAGAGAGGUCCCUUUGGAUUAUCCUCUUUAAAAUUUACUUUCUAUUUCGCUCACCAAUGGUCUAAUUUUUCACUUUUCGAAAUU